AUGACACGACGCCUGGGACUAGCAGUAGCUCGAGUCGCGAAACGUGGCUACAAGCUGAUCCACACAGUGUCACCGGAGACAUGGGAUAGAGCAAUCGCGGCUGUGGAGCAGCAGGGGAUGAGUCUGCGCACCGCUGCUAAAAUUUACGGUGUGCACUUUGCAGCUCUCCAUCGCCGCGUGAAGAAGCGUGCGCAGGGAGGACAUUCGUCCAAGGGCAUCAAUGGUUACUUUCAUCAGGGCGAUGAAGCCGGAAUCAUGCGCGUGGUGGUGGCCCGCGCGGAGCUGGGCGUGUUGAUGACGUUUGAUGAGCUUAUGAAACUGGUCGAGGUGGCUGCGUUGCGCAAACUUCCGGACAUCUCGGUGGCGAAUGCGCGCGAGCUGAUGAAACGCUUUCAGUCACGCAAUGAGCAGUAUUAUCGUGGACUGGCCGCCACAGCACCUCUUCCAUCAUCUCAUCCGUCAGUGGCAACCAACCCAUGCUGCCGAGUUUGA